CCCCUAGCCGUCCGCAUUAACCCACCGUACGACUACGACUGCCUCCACCCGGUUGAAAAGAGCCGUUUCCCGGUCACCUCCCAACGGCCGACUUCUGGCUGAAAGCAUUCUAUUGGAAUCUCAUUCAACCCAAAAACUGAGUGUGUCAAACCCAAUCUCUGUAAUAUCUCUCUCCCCAAAUCUGAAAGUGUCAAACCCAAUCUCUGGAAUAUCUCUCUCUCUCUCUCAACCCAAAAACUGAGUGUUAAACCCAAUCUCUCUCUCUCUCUCUCUCUCUCUCUCUCUCUGAUAUUGAGUAUGAAAUGAAUUGAAAAAUCCAAACCUGCAAUCUUCUGAGAAUUUCAGAUGAUGGGUUUUAUAAGCUCCCCAUCUUCACCUUGAAAAACCUAAGUUCUGUUUCUAUUUUCUCAGUCUUUUGGAAAUGGGUUUUGGAGAUUCUUGCGUGUUCUUCAUCUUCAUGUGGUUUUGUUUCCAAGCUCAGGUCUUGAAGUCUCAGAAUGUUAGUUGUAAUUCAAAGGACUUGGCAGCAUUGAAGGGUUUCCUGAAUGGUCUGGAUUCAAGGAUUGAUGGGUGGUCCAAUGCUUCUUCUUCUGAUUGCUGCAGUUGGGUUGGUGUUAAUUGCAGUGGAUCUUCUGGGGUUCCAGGCAGAAGGGUAGUUGGUUUGAAUCUUGCUGGAAAGGGAUUGAAAGGAAAUGUUUCGAAAUUAUUGUCCGGUUUGGAUCAGCUGAAAUUCCUUAAUCUCUCUUCCAAUUCUCUCAGAGGUGAUGUACCGUCGGAUUUGUUCCAUUUGCAGCAAUUGCAAAUCCUCGAUUUGAGUUACAAUGAAUUCUCCGGCCUGAUUCCACAAGAUGCCCAUUUACCGGCGAUACGGGUUUUCAACGUUUCGGACAAUUCAUUCACCAGCCAGCAUCCCCUCCUCGUCGGGUCUUUGCAUUUAACACAUUUCAUCAUCAGUUACAAUCGGUUUUCUGGUAAUAUCAAUCCAGGUAUCUGCAACUCUUCAACCCGAAUUCGAGUUCUUCAAUUCUCGAUGAAUUCGUUCAGUGGUGUUUUCCCAGCAGGUUUCGGAAAUUGCAGCUCCCUGCAUGAGCUCUCACUCGAUUCAAAUAAUCUAACAGGAAAUUUGCCAGAUGAUUUGUUUGGUGUGUCGACAUUGAGGUGGUUCUUUCUUCAAGACAACGGGCUUUCUGGGGGGCUGAGUAAAAGAAUCGGUAAUCUUUCCAACCUUGUCAAUUUGGAUCUCUCCUACAAUCAGUUCACCGGGAUAAUUCCUGAUGUUUUCAGUGAAUUAAAAAAACUGGAGUAUCUUUCUGCUGAGUCAAAUAAUUUCAGCAGCAAUUUACCCACUUCCUUGUUAAACUUGCCGACCCUCCGCGUGCUUAAUUUGAGGAACAAUUCAAUGGAAGGUGAGGUCAAUCUCAAUUGUACUGUGAUGGCCCACCUCAGUUCCAUCAAUCUCGGUACGAAUCGUUUUCAUGGACGCAUUCUUGAUAAUCUUUCCUCAUGCAAAGAGUUGAAAACCAUAAACCUCGCUAGAAACAAGCUCAAUGGCGAAAUUCCCAAUAGCUUGAAAAAUCUUCAGGCUCUCUCUUAUCUAUCGCUAACGAGUAGCAACCUCAGUAAUAUCUCGUCCGCGUUGGGGAUUCUACAACAGUGCCGGAACCUAACGACUCUGGUACUCACCACGAAUUUCCAUGGCGAAGAAAUGCCCAUCGAUGGGAUUACUGGGUUUGCAAGCUUAAAAGUUCUCGUCAUUCCAAACUGCGGUCUUUUGGGUUCUGUCCCGUCGUGGUUGAGGAACUGUAGUCAGUUGCAGCUGUUGGAUUUAUCAUGGAACCGGCUGGGGGGAAGCAUCCCUUCAUGGUUUGGGAUUCUAGACUCCCUCUUUUACUUGGAUCUUUCGAACAAUUCGCUCACCGGGCAAAUCCCUGAAAGCUUGACGCAGUUGAAGGGCCUCAUUUACAGCAAUGCCUCGCGGGAAGUGUCCUCAUCCAACUUGCCAUUCUUUAUCAGACGCAGUCAAAGCACAAGCGUGUUGCAGUAUAAUCAGUUCACAAGCUUCCCGCCAACGCUGGAUUUAAACAGCAACAAUCUCACAGGGCCAAUCCCACCUGAUUUCGGGAAACUGAAGAAUCUGCACGUGUUGAAUCUGAUGAUGAACAAUCUCUCGGGAAGCAUUCCUGAUGAGUUAUCAGGCAUGACAAGCUUGGAGCUUCUUGAUCUGUCAUUCAAUGAUCUCUCAGGGACCAUACCUGCUACUCUGACCAACCUUAGCUUUCUAUCAAGCUUCAGCGUAGCACAUAAUCGAUUGUCCGGGCCAGUCCCUUCGGGCAGCCAGUUUUCGACCUUCUCAAUGUCAAGUUUUGAAGGGAAUGCGAAUCUCUGUGGACGAGAUCCUUUACCACCUUGUCAGUCUCAAAGUCCUUCCCCAUCAAGAACCAGAGUACGGAAAAACAGAACUACGAUCGUAGGAAUGGCAAUUGGGAUCGGUUUGGGGACAGCUUGUCUUCUUGCUCUAGUCUACCUUUAUGUGUCGAGAAUCAAGGUCCAACGUCAGGACGAUCCAGAACGAGAGGUAGAUGAUGCUGAAAAACAGCUAGAAUUACUGGGGUCUAGCUUGGUUCUUCUGUUUCUAAACAAGGAGAACAAAGAAGUAACCAUCGAUGAUCUGUUAAAAUCAACCAACAAUUUCGAUCAAGCUAAUAUCAUUGGAUGCGGGGGAUUUGGUCUGGUCUACAAAGCGACUCUGCCGGAUGGGAGAAAGGUUGCAAUCAAACGGCUGUCAGGCGACUGUGGUCAGAUGGAAAGAGAAUUCCAGGCUGAAGUAGAAGCCCUCUCAAGAGCUCAGCACAAGAACCUUGUUCUACUUCAAGGGUAUUGCCGUUAUGGGACCGACAGAAUGCUUAUCUACUCAUAUAUGGAGAACGGUAGCCUGGAUUAUUGGCUACACGAGAAGAUCGAUGGGGGUUCUUUGCUAGAUUGGGAAACGAGGCUCCGGAUUGCUCAAGGAGCGGCGAGGGGGUUAGCUUACUUGCAUCAGUCCUGUCAGCCCCAAAUCCUUCAUCGCGACAUCAAGUCCAGCAACAUCCUUCUGGACGAAAGCUUCGAAGCCCAUUUAGCUGACUUCGGGCUUGCAAGGUUAAUACUACCUUAUGACACGCAUGUGAGCACAGAUCUUGUUGGGACCUUAGGCUACAUCCCGCCUGAAUACAGCCAAGCUUCGGUCGCCACCUUCAAGGGCGAUGUUUAUAGCUUUGGUGUCGUCCUUAUGGAGCUUCUUACGGGGAAGAGGCCGAUGGAGGUGUGCAAGCCUAAAGGGUGUCGGGAUUUGAUAUCAUGGGUGCUUCAGAUGAAGGAGGAGAAGAGGGAAAAUGAGGUGUUCGAUCCGUUUCUCUGUGAUAAGCAGCAUGACAAGCAGAUGUUGAAGGUGCUAGAAAUUGCAUGCCUUUGCUUGAAUGAGAGUCCGAAAGCGAGGCCCUUCAUCCAAGAUAUUGUCUCAUGGCUCGACAAUAUUGGGCUUGAUGGACAACUUACAAAGUGAGGCUAGAUGCAUUCUGAUCAUAGUUAAGUAGAGCAAUUUUCAUCAGUAUAUCUUAUCUGUAAAUAACCUUUGUGCAUUUCUCAAAAUUCCCAAAGUAUCACUUCCUUGAAUUUCUUCAAUUUCAACAUGGGGUGAAGCCCUGUAAGUAAAAUGAUGCACAUUCAUCAGUUUUGCGUCCGUUCAAUCGCAAUGGGAGCAUUAGGGUUUCUA